AUGGCAUCUUCCUCUCAGCCAUCUGAGAAACUGAAAAUUAAGCAAGAAGAUGGUAGAGAUGUCAGAGCUAACAAGCCCCCAGUCCCUGAAAAUAAAAAUGCCUUACAUAAAAAGCCUGCUGAAGGUGUCCAGAGAAUAAAAGGCCAAGAGCAGGAUGAAGGCUCUCCUAAAGCUCUGCUGUGUGUAUUUGGGGGAGAAUUGCAAGCUGAAAGAACUAUAAACAAAAUUCAUAAAGAAAGCUCUUCUGGAAAGGAGGAGCUGGGACCAGUGAACAACCUGGGAGAAUUUUCAACAGUAUCAAAAAGUAGAAGGGGAGAAAUUAGAAAACCUUCACAUCCUUUGGAAACUGCACCACAGGAAGAUAACAUGUCUGUCAAGCAAGACAAUAAAGAACUAUGUUGGGCAGGUGGACAUGUACCUGUAAUGUCAGGUUCAGGAGGGAAAGCGUCGAGAUCCAAGGAUGAAAAAAAUAUGCAACAGGCUCCCAACAAUGAGAAAACUGUUACAAAAACUUCUGGAGAUAGUGUUGAAGAAGAUUCCAAACCAAUGCUAGAUUCAAAGCAAAGUUAUAAACUAUCAAAACCUGAAUAUGAAUUGGAACCUCAACAGAUUUCCAACGUUAAGAAGACUGUUACAGAAACAGGAAACAAAGCUAUAUAUAGCACGAGAGAACUUUCCAAGACAGUGAUUACUUCCAAAUAUGUACAUUCAGGAUCAAGCCAAAGUAAAAAACAAUAUUGGAAAUCAGAAGCCCAUUGGAGAUUGGUCUCUGGAGAUUCAAAAUACGAAGGUAAAGAGACCAAGCAGAAUAAUAAUGAUCGGAAACCUUUUGCAAAUAACUUUAGAACUGGCACAAAACAAAAAAACAUAGCAAAGGACAAAUGCAUUCCUGCCACUUUAUCUAAUGCACAAAGUGAAGCUGCAGAAAAGUUUGUGUUCCAGAAGACAGCUAUUGCUGAACCCACUCGAGAACCAGUGUUUACAGAUGAUUCAGAAACAGAUCAAAAGUGUACAGAGCACAAGAAAGAAUUUCCAUCUGAAAAUGAUAGGUCUAACAUGGAAGAUGGAGGACCACUGGUUACCUAUUCACAAGAAGAUUCCAUCCGUAAUCAUAAACUUUCAGAAAUGAUGGAAAUGUCAGCGUCAACAAUGGAAUUUGUAACCUAUCCUCCUCAUUUCUACAAUCAGAAAAUGAAUGAUUAUGCGAAACACCGGACAAGCAAUCCAAAGCCAACACAUUGUUUUACAAGAUCCACUGGAAACAUUUCAUAUUCCAAUAAUCUCUAUGAUGUUUCUUUAGAAAGAAGAACAAAUGCAGCAAAAGAUAAAAAACCUUCAGUGGAAAGGGUACAAGAUAAAACAUGGUCAUAUGGUUCUUUACAGGACUACAAAUGGGGGAAAAGACCCCAAAAUAUGGGAAGGGGAACAUAUGUCCCCAUCUUUUCUUCAUCAUUUAAGUCAGAUUCUUUCACUAAACAAUUCACUAAUUGUAUAGGCCAGGAUGUGCCUAUGAACUUUCCCAAAUAUUUAGAAGACGGCUUUAUUGACACACACUGCCAUUUGGACAUGUUAUAUUCAAAAACAUCUUUCAGAGGAACUUUUUCUGAAUUUAGGAAAAGAUACAGCAGCACUUUUCCUAAAGAAUUUCAGGGCUGCAUAGCUGAUUUUUGUGACCCUCGUACUUUAAAAAACAACUUGUGGGAAGAUUUAUUAAAAGAAGACAUGGUUUGGGGGGCAUUUGGCUGCCACCCCCACUUUGCUUCUUAUUACACAGAUCAUCAUGAAAGAAAUCUCAUGCAGGCAAUGAGACACCCCAAAUCCAUUGCCUUUGGUGAAAUAGGACUGGAUUACUCUUAUAAAUGUCGUACAGAAAUUCCAAAACAGCAUGAGGUUUUUGAGAGGCAACUGAAUCUAGCUGUUUCUUUAAGGAAGCCAUUGGUCAUUCACUGCAGAGAUGCUGAUGGUGAUCUGUUAGAAAUCAUGAAAAAGUGUGUACCAAAAGACUAUAAAAUACACAGGCAUUGUUUCACUGGAUGCUAUAGUGUCAUUGAACCAUUUUUAGAUUACUUCCCAAAUCUAAUGGUUGGAUUCACAGCAUUGAUGUCUUACCCAUCAGCAAAUGAGGUUAGAGACUCUGUUCGGAAAAUACCAUUGAACAGAAUAGUGGUAGAAACAGAUGCACCUUAUUUCCUUCCUCGACAGGUGCCAAAAUGUGUAAGCCAGUUUUCGCAUCCUGGAUUAGCUCUGCACACAGUGAAAGAGAUUGCCUGCCUCAAAGAAAUGUCAUUAUCUGCCACUUUAGCUGUUCUAAGGCAAAACACCAACAAAAUGUAUGACUUGUAA